GAUCCGGGAAAAGGCUUUCAGGGGAAGGCGGACGGAGUGCGGGGCAGUUCCCGAGCCUUUCCCCGCUGGAAGAUGAGCGUCGCUGUGGAAGAAGCCGCCCUGCCCUCCAUCUCCACCUUUGCCGGCUUGGUAGCCCUGGAGGACAGGCAACCCGAAAUGAAGCUGAUUCCUCUUCCUCCUCCACAUGCAGAAGGCGCUGCCAACAUUAAGAGGGAAGCAGACGAGUUGGGCAACUUUGUGGACCUGGACUUCAUCCUGGCCCACACGGGCACUGGGCAACCCAAUGGCAGUGUGGCCUCAGUAGUGGCAGCCCCAACCCAUCACCCGAACCCCCACUACCCUUUGCCGGAGACCCCCGAGAGCUGUGGUACCACUUAUGACAGCGACAGCUCCAACUACCAGCCUUCUAGCAAGUUCUCUGCUGCCGCCACCUCCUAUUUGCCCAGCCCUGGGCACAGCUACGUGGCUGAGCUCUUCACCCAGGACUUGCAGCCCCACUGUGAGCUCCAGAGGCGGGAAUACACCGAGCUGCGCACCCCCAGCCUUGGCCACCCUGCUCUGCCUCAUGGGAUGCCCCUGGACCCCCUCCGCGUCAAGCAGGAGCCUCGGGAUGGGCAGUCCUGCAUGCUGGGUACUGCCAGUGGAGGGAGUCCUGAUUGCCUAGACCAUAAGCCCCUCCUGAUGCAGCCCAUGAUGCACCACCAGCCGCCACAGCUUCCUCAGCAUCAUCACCAGCACCACCACCAGGCGUCUCCUUGCUUCCCUGCUGGACCGAUGGGUCCUGGGCCUCAGCACCAGCCCUGCCAAGUGGGUGAUGGAACGGUGCAGAUGGGUACUCCUCAGCCUUACCCACGUGGUGGUGGUGGUGGCGGCGGCGGUGGGGGUCCUCACCUCUUCCAGGCUCCCCCCUUUGCUGGUGGCUCCCUUCCGCCCCACUUCCAUGGACACUUCAGCGUCUUUCGGGAGCCCCUGAAACCCCACGCCCAGGGCUUGCAUGGGCUAUUGGUCACACCACCCAACUCGCCAGUCUUGGAUUAUUAUGCCCCUUCCAUGCAGGGUGCCCCCAUGGAAGAGAGCAAGCCCAAGAAGGGCCGGAAGGCGGCCUUCCCUCGCAAGCGCACUGCCACCCACAACUGCGAGUUCAUCGGCUGUGGCAAGACCUACACCAAGAGCUCUCACCUCAAGGCCCACAUGCGGACCCACACGGGUGAAAAACCCUAUCACUGUAACUGGGAUGGUUGCGGCUGGAAAUUUGCACGGUCAGAUGAACUAACACGUCAUUACCGCAAGCACACAGGAGUCCGGCCCUUCCAGUGCCAGCUCUGUGACCGUGCUUUCUCCCGAUCAGAUCACCUGGCUCUGCACAUGAAGAGCUGUAAAGCUUCCAGUUUGGUCAGUCUGUUCAGACCAAUGAUGUAACUCCUCUUAAAGCAAGUAACAUCCACCAAUAAGUCUCCAAGCUGUCAGCAGUGAGUGUUUGGGAUAAUCCAGCAGAAGAAACUAAAGCUGUCACUUCUGGAACAGGCUAUAAAUCAAAAUAUAAAUGCUGAAGAAAGACAAAACUUCUGUUUGUAGCUUGCAUGAGAUGAAGUGUAUUUUUGCAGCCCAAUCCUAUGCAUGUUUACUCAGGCGCUGCAGUCCUACACAUACUCAUCUGAAAGUAAACUCCUCUGAACUCAAUAAGGCUUGCUUCUGAGUAGGCAAACAGAAGAUUGGUGGGACUUGUAGUACAAUCCUGAAUAUGGCUAUCUGGAAAUAAAUUCCCAUGAAGUUGAGUGGGACUUACUUUUACAUAAAUGGGUAGGAUUACAACCUUGGUUUUAAGUCAGUGUAUUUAGGAUUGCCACGCUAAAGUAUUCUUUUUUUUUCUUGCUCAGGGAUGCACAAAAUUAGAACUAAAGAUUAUUGUAAAACUUUGGUUUGCUUUUUCUGAAGGUUUAUGAGAUCACAUGUUUGUAAGAAAACUUUGAAAAGGUCACCUUUUGAAAGUAAAAUAGAAGCAAGUUGUGUUCCUUCAGUGUGAACAAUCACCUAAAGCAGGGAAAGGCAAAAUGCAGAACUCUAGGUGUCUUUGGACUAUAACUCCAACAUUCCUUACUCUUAGUUGUGUUGGGUGGCUAGGGCUGAUGGGAGUUGCAAUUCCAAAACAUCUGGAGUGGCACUUUGACUACCCAUGAACUUAAAGUUCCUUUGGGAGCAAGUCACACUGAACCUGGCAAGAGCUAUAUGUCUCCUAUUUGGUAUCUAGUAGAUGUUUUACACUACAGCUUUCAUAUUACCUGGUCACUUACCAUAUUGAGUAGGACUUACUGGAUCUGUAGUCUAAAACAUCUGGAGCAUGCCAUGUUAGAGAAGGCUAGUAUAAAGGAUUAUAACCUUGGCUGGCUAAUAUUGCAGACUUUUAUAUAAGUAUUCAGAGAUAAAUCCUACUAUGUUGAGUAGUCCCAGCUACAUAGGAUUGCAGUCAAACUGUUCUAGUUUUUAAAGAGCUAACUAGAUGUAUAUUGGCUUAAUUACAAUACCUCAAAUGUGCUUUAUGAGAAUGUAAUAUAUAAUUUUAAAAAGCAAGCGUUGCCUUUGUCUAUGGGAAAGAAAGCCAUCUUUAAUAAUUCACAACCAUUGUGCAAAACAGGGAGUGCUCCAAGAUUUGGAGAGGUUUCUGAAAUCCAAUUAGUGAUAACUUAUUCUUUUAAGAACAGUGAAACUCCUGAUUCUAUUCUUGUAAAUUAUCAUCAUUUCCUGAACUCUAAGCUCCUUUGUAGAAGCCCCAGAACUUGGAGCACAAAGGUCCUGUGUGUCCUCAAGGUUGGUGGUUUGGCUCAUGAGCUAAUACUUUUAAAACCUAAAAACUUUAAAGAGAUAUAUAUUUGCACCUAACAUCUGAUGUGUUAAGCGGGGGGGGGCGGGAGGUUGUAGAAAGCUAUUCCAGUUUCCAGUGGCAAUGAAUUAUGUGGGUUCACUGUGAGCCUUCUACAGAUGCCUUCAUAUGCACCCUGCCUCCUCCAAAGGAUGUUGGCCAUUAAGCCAGGUACUGCUGCAGCUGCAUUUUUCUCUAGGCAGCUUUUGGAUUAUAUUUUUGUAAAGGGCAUUUUUGUCCAUUUCUGCUAUACUUGAAACUUUCUUUCUGAGAGGAAAAGGACUAUCAACAUGUAGCUUGUGCAAACAUGUUGUGAUUCUUUUUAAAUAUGCUGUAAAUGUGUUUUUUAAAAAUAGCUUGGGUCUGUUUAGUAAAUGGCCUCAGCUGUAUAGUAUGUGCACUGCACCAGUCUGUACAUAUUGUUAAUUAAUGUUUGAUGUUGUUGCUUGUCAGGCAUUCCCCAUGCAAAAUGUUAGUUUUCUGUUUAUUCCGACCUAGAGAUAUUGUUGAUCUGAUGUAAAACAAUAAAAUGCAA